AUGACUUACAAUGCAUUUUAUAAGAACGCUGCAAAAUACUGGGCUAAUGUACCAGCAACAAUGGACGGAGUACUCGGUGGCUACGGUCACAUCACGGCCGUUGACAUCGAUGGAUCAAAACAAUUUCUAAAUAGCAUACUAUCGUUAGAUAAUCCACCGAGUACAAAUCUGGCCUUGGACUGCGGAGCAGGUAUCGGUAGAGUGAGCAAAAACCUUUUGAUGCCUUAUUUUCAGAAGGUUGAUUUAGUGGAACAAGAUGAAAAGUUCAUUAACACUGCAAAAAAAAAUGUUGGUGCUAACAAUGCUAAAUUAGGAACUCUGUACCAAAUUGGACUUCAGGAUUUCAAACCGCAAAAGGAAUAUGAUGUCAUUUGGUGCCAGUGGGUACUUGGACAUUUAAACGAUUACGAUUUAAUAGCUUUUUUAGAGAGAUGCAGUGAAGCUUUAGCGGAAAACGGAGUUAUUGUCAUUAAAGAGAACAUUGCUUCGCUGGAAGUAAUAGAAUACGAUGACGAUGAUUCAUCUGUAACACGCCCAUAUAAGUUAAUGCAACAAAUUUUUGAAGAAGCAAACCUUCGUGUAGUAAAGGUUGACGUUCAAACUGGUUUUCCUAAAGAAAUUUACCCAGUGCACAUGUUUGCUCUUGUCAUUAAUACAUAG